AUGAAGGUAGUUGUGGAAUUUGGUAAUGAAGAAGUCUUAGUGACAUUUGAGGAUGUGGCAGUGGACUUCACUCAGGAAGAGUGGAAACAGCUAGAUCAUGCUCAGAAGGUCCUGUACAGAGAUGUGAUGCUGGAAAACUAUAGGAAUCUACUCUCUUUGGGCUAUCAAAUUUCCAAACCUGAUGUGAUAUCUAAAUUGCAACAAGGAGAAGAACCCUGGAUAAUGGAGAGAGAAAUCCCAAGAGUCACCUGCCCAGCAUUCACAGCUCCUAGAUCUGCUUUCAUCUACCACUUCAGCCUAGAUUGA